AUAUAUAUAUAUAAACCAAAUCCGUUCAAUGAAGAUGAGCUAUGUUGAUUUUGAGUUAAUGAGUCUUAACAACAUAAGGAAUGAAGCCAAAGGAUUAGCCAUUUAGCCUCAUAUGUUGAUUGUUGAGUUGAUCCGCCAUCUCUCCAACAUAAUAGAUUUCCUAUUGCUUUGGCCUACCUCUUCUAAUGGUUGAAGGUGCACACAUUCAGGUUCAUUCGGGCAAAAUAUCGAAUAGCUUGGAGACAACCCGACGGCGUCACUGGAACAUAUUAGCCACAUGUGAAGUGAAUGACUACUUCAAAUCAAAUCUAUUUUGAUCCGACGAUGAUUUAAACUGUAUUUCACCAAUUUUAUGGAGGAAAUUGCAGGAAAUUUGCUUAAGAAUAUCAUCUAGAUGAUCCAUGGAGACAACUGCAGAAAAUUCUAGAAAACAGAAGGCUGCGAAAGAGAGUUGGUGAUGAAUGCUCAACACAUGGGUCAGAGGUUGAAGGAGGCUGCUCAGACAGGAGAUAUCGACGUGUUGUAUGGUCUAACCCGGGAGGACGCAUUCGUCUUGGAACGCGUAAAUGAGGUACCUUUCGUUGAUUCUCCAUUACAUAUAGCUGCAUCAGCAGGGCACAUUGAAUUUGCGAUGGAGAUGGUGAACAUGAAGGCAUCGUUUGCUAGGAAGCUAAACCCAGAUGACUUUAGCCCCAUGCAUCUGGCUUUGCAACAUGACAAAACCCAGAUGGUGCUCUGGCUCCUAUAUGUGGAUGAAGGUCUUGUCCGAGUCAAAGGAAGAGGAGGUAUGACACCUUUGCAUUAUGCAACAGAACAAGGGAAGACACCAAUUUUGGAAGAAUUCUUUGAAGCUUGCCCUGAAUCCAUUAAAGAUGUGACUUUUCAAGGCGACACUGCGUUGCACACUGCAGUAAAGAACCAUCAGGUAGAAGCUUUUCAGUUGCUAAUGGGAUGGCUUCAAAGGUCUGUCUUUGUAGAUGCUGCGUUUUGGGAAAGAGAACUCCUGAAUUGGAAGAACAAGGAAGGGAACACUGUAUUACACAUUGCUGCUUCAAGCAAUCAAAGACAGAUAGUAAAGCAUCUGAUUGAGGCAUUUGUUUAUACCAACAUAAAGAAUUCGAAUGGUUUGACGGCUAUAGAUAUCCUACAAGGCCAAGCACAAUUCAGCAACAAAGAGUUAAAUAAAUGCAGCGCCUUCCCCCUUGCGGAUUCCUCACAGGUACCGGCCGAGCUGGGAACUUGAAGAGAAAGAUCUUCUGUUAUGCAUGGACAAUACGCUCAGCUCGUUUGCAAAUGAAUACACCCACUGAAAGACGCAAUGCACUACUCGUAGUUGACGCUCUAAUAGCAACAAUCACGUAUCAGGCAGCAUUGAGUCCACCUGGUGGUGUUUGGACUGCAGACGUCAAUUCCCAUCUCCCAAAUUUUCUUCGUGCUGAUAUCUCUGCUACUAACACCACUCUCAGGGAUACAAAUCCAUUGCGCUAUGUGGGUUCGAGUGUUAUGGGCACGCAUAGCUUUUCGCUAUUCUGGUUUGCAAACACUGCUGUGUUUCUGGUAACAAUCAUACGAAUGAGAGCUGGGGUGUCAAGGGACCAUUUGUGGAUGUUAUUUCCACGAUCGCUGUUGCUUCCACGAUUUGAAUUGUGGUUGUUUGCUUGCUACUCGUUUUCAAUGUCAAUCAUAUCACGAAGUAAAGCUUAGUCCUAGUUUAAUCUGGUUUUGUUUUUCUUA